UUAUACUAAUCAAUCACUUCCUAAUCGACCACGGAAGAUUUCGACUAGUUAUCACCCUAGUAAAUACGAAUAAAUAUAAAUGUGCGAUAUGGUCUCCCUUAAGUGUCGCUGAUUGGAGCCGCGUAGAAUCACGUAUUAGUUCUAAUCACCCUUAAUGGCUUGGAGUUCAUUUAGGAAAUAUUAGGCCACCUUUACAGUAGUUCACGAAUCCGAAAAGCUGAUUACUUCUGUUUUGUGCAUUCAAUAAUUUCAACAUAUUACUAAAAAUGAGUGUUUUUUUUAUUUAUUUAUUUAUUUUCUACUUUUAAAACCUGCGAAACAACAGCGAAUCGAAGACUUCAAGAGGGCCUUCUCUAAAUUUGCGAGAGAAAAAUAAAAAAACAUUGGAUUACAAUGAAAAAUCUAGCAAAUGUUUAUCCGUUUGAUUAUGAGAACUAACAAAACUAUGCUACCUCGCUAUGUUUUUUUUCCUUUUGUCGGUGCCACGCGACACGUGAUCACGUUUGAUGUCCUUUUUUGGAUCAAUUUCCUUUAGCCACAGCUGCACAAAUGUUUCCUAAUAGAUUCCUCCGGGGAUUAAAUUGUUAUUCGCGGAAGAUGGGAAAGAAGCUUCUAUUAAAAUACUAAUGAACCCUUAACGAGUGUUAUUAGGACUUCAAUUACGAUUAUUAUCUUUAGAGAACCAACAUUAAAAGCAAAGUAAACGAAAAAGAGCAUGGUAUCUUGCACAAGUCACAGGCGAGCUGAAAAAUCAUUAAACUGUUCUCCCGGAGAAACAACGCAAAAAAAAAAACAGGCAAGAGAAAAAGCUUAAAGGGGAAACUCUUCGAAAACUACGGAAAUAGUGAAAAGAACACCUUCAGCUACCAACAACAACAAGAAUCAUCUCCUAUAGAACUUGAAGAUGUCCUUGAAGUGAAAGAACUGACAUGUUAUUUGUGACAUUGUAACGUGCUUUUAUAUACACUAUAUAUUUAGUGUAUUUCACUGUAUUGAUACGACUUCUUGAAGAAGGUAAAGAUAUUUUUGCGAUGCCCUGCUUUCAGCAUAAGCAACUCUUCAUCGGCGCUCUAGCGGAGCUGCUCGCAAGCCAUGUAUUUGUGUUCCUUGUCUGUGCAAGCUGUCUGUCGUGGCCGCAUUUCCAGGCUCCAAGCGUACAGCACAUCGCUCUCACUGCAGGCCUGACCACGAGCACGCUAGUGAUGGUCAUGAGUCAUGUGACGGGAGGGCAGAUCAACCCGGCGGUCGCCGUAGCCAUGGUGGUUACAAGAAGAGUGAAGCCAGUGCAUGGUUUGGUGUUUGUGUUCAGUCAGGUUUUAGGAGGUCUCCUCGGCGCGGCGCUCCUAUUCGGACUGACACCGUCAUCUAUACGUGGCUCGCUAGGCAUGACGGUUCCCGCGCCUACCAUACAGGUCGGCCAGGCUGUCGCUAUGGAAACCAUUCUGACAUUCCUAUUGGUGUUUGGUAUUUUGGCGGCGACAGAUGAACGGAAGGCGCUCAAAGGUUACGAGAAGGCGGCGGCAGUGGGCUUUUGUGUUUUUAUCUGUCACAUGGCGGGGAUUCCCUUUACAGGAUGCAGUAUGAACCCUGCACGGUCACUUGGGCCAGCGGUCGUCAUGGAUCACUGGAGACAUCACUGGGUGUACUGGGUUGGCCCCUUUGCAGGUUCUAUCUUGGCAAGUCUCUUUUAUGGCCGGGUUUUCGUGAGUGGCAGCGUUGCAGUUGAACAAAAUGACACAAACGCCACAGAGCUUGCAUGACAAACUGGUAGACCUUGUGUUAUUAUGUAAGAAACAUGGCCGUGACAUGGUCUGGGGUCUCAGAGGAUAAUAGCCAACUCAACUCUUUAUGUACUUGCCUACACAUCCUAGCCUUUGUGCCAAGUUUGCUGGUAGCGCUCUAAGGCUCCUUCUAAAAUGGCAACACAAUCAGGGAGGUUUUCCAGGUAAUCUUUGGUACUGGACGCUGAUUUAAAAUAGAUAGAUCCAUUUUAGAUGGGUUAAAAUAACAUAAACUUCUCCUGCUUAUAUAUCGAUGCACAUAUACUGCACAUGCACGGCUAACUCAAAACCACUUCGGUUGACUUAGCCCCCGAGCUCACUAAUCAAAGUACUCACCUAUUUAAUAUGUAUUUAUAUGUUACUAGUAUUUGUUGUUGUGAGUAAUAGAAUGCAACAUGUGAGUGACUAAAAGAUACCCAUCUAUAUACCAAUACACCAAAAACUGGAAUUUGUCUUUAAUAAGACUUCUUCAGGGCAGACUUUGUCUGCCCUGAAGAAGUCUUAUUAAAGACGAACAUUUGGCAGUCAAAUUCCAGUUUUUGGUGUAUUGUAUUCAUUCUUCUGGUAAUGAACAUGUGCAUCUUAGGCUAAGUUCAAACGUUGUAUUACCCAUUAGCCAUAUUUAAUGUAUAUGUACAAUAUGCACUAAUGCUAAAAAAAACAUGCUUCAAAAAUAAUAACAGCUCAGCCUAAACUUUAGACAUCUUAUAUAAAUAGAGUGCAUACCAGUGUAGCUUUUUACUGGGUCCAAUGAGGAAGGGAAGAUGGACUUACAUAGACCAGAAGCCUUGACUUCCUCUAGUCGUGACUUUGUUUCGCCACAUAUGGACUCAUGGGACUUUUUGACCAAUUCCAGAGAUCCAAGGAGCUGGCGGCAAAAUAAACACGAACAAUAAUCAGUUCUGACCCAUUACUCGAGACUACAUCACUUAUUAUCAUCAGGGGGAGGGACAUGAUUAAUAAACUUGGCCACUUCAAAGAAUGAAA